GAUACUCCCAAGGUCCAUUAGACCUCACCCACACUAAUCAUCCUCAUCGUCUUCUUCCCCGAAAAGCUCCAAAAUCUGAGAAGAGGCGGCUGCUCCUUAUAUAUAUAAACCCAAUUUCUGCUCGCCGGAGGGAUACCGACGAUGGCUGAUCGGAAAGAUAACGUCGACUAUCUGUUGGCUCUUCUGAAGCGAGAUAUUCGCCAGCCGUCAUCUGCUGGUAGUUAUAUUGACGUCGAGGAGACGGAGGAGGAGGAGGAAGAAUACGACGAUUAUGACGACGGCUAUGAUAACAGGACGGAUGCGGAGGACGACGGGAAGGCGGAAUUGGCAUGCCCAUUUUGCUCGGAUGACUUUGAUGUUUUAGGUCUGUGCUGUCAUAUUGACAGCGAGCAUCGUCUGGAGACCAAAUCUGGGAUAUGUCCUCUCUGUGCUUCUAGUGUGCGGAUGAACAUGGCUGCACAUGUGAUUUCACAACAUGAGAGUCUCUUGAAGAUAUCCUUCAAUUUCAUCAAUUUUAAACUUUAUUUUAUGAGUGGAUCAGUGAACUGUUUUGCGUAGUACACACAGGUGAUGUCCUAAUGGUGGUGUGCCUAAUUUUGUUCCAAAAAAAAAAAGAAUCUUAUUUGAACAAAAAAAAGUUUAUUUUCAUUCUUUUUUCAUUCUAAGUUUUUUUUGCAUAGAGCCAUCAUACUAUCUUGCAUGACACACUUUAUAUGCACAAUUGGGAGAGAAAUAAGAGUGAGAAUGGAGG